CUUGUGUGAAACGGAAACAGACGAAUCCACGAAAUCGAGAAAAGCUGCGAGAGGUGAUGCUUGGACGAACACAUUAUCAUACUUCACCUGAGCCACACGCCGAGGAGCCGCUCUCUGUUUUCUAACCUGUACAUAGCGCCGUCGACGGAAGGCCCAGCGAUGUCUGCCCAGGCUCAAAUGCGGGCUCUGCUCGACCAGCUGAUGGGGACAGCGAGGGAUGGUUCAGUGUAUCUUUGCCAGCCUACAUCAAUCUGCAAAGGAGUUGCAGAAAAGCCUCAUGUUCAUCGAGCCGUGAGUCACACAUAAUUUUUAAAGCUGUUAUGAUGAAUAUCCAAACAAUUUGUUUGCCUUCCGGAAGUUAUUGUAGCCAUUUUGUAAUCACACAAAUGGGUUAAUCUUUAGUGGCACUAGAAUAACAAUUUGGAGUAGAACUAUACAACCAGACGCCUGGUUGCGCUGAAGCCAAAAGGAGAAGUUCUCAAAUUCCGAUUCGACGUCUUGUUUUUCAGAAGGCAACUUUUGCAUUCAGUCAAAACUAAAACUUUGCACACAUCAUUUUCGAUCUGACUUGUGUAUGACUCCCAACUUCUUACUACAGGUAUGGGCAAGAAAACUGUUCCCAUUUAUACUUUUCUACAGCGGGUUUAAAAUUCUGCAGCUGAGGUCUUGAAGAUGCAGAAGGGUACAGUAUGUGGUGCAAAUCGCAGUGUGUAUAAACCCAUUUUUUCCCUUGGAUUUCUUUUGUGUCUUUUUUUUCUUUUUUGUUUUUAAUAUUUGUAAAGGUCUUUGCUGGAAUAUUUGUCUGACAUGUUUACAUUUUACUGUCACAGUCUUAGUAGCAGGCUUUCUUGUAUAGUCCAAUUUCCAACUCAUGUGUGUAUAUGUAAUAGAAAUGCUACAAAGUCAUGGUAAUCCAAAUGAGUUCUAGGAAAGAAAUGUAACAUUGUGUCCUUCUUGGCUUCAUCUUUUGUUGCUCCACAUUUAUAGUGAACGUUGAGCCUGAUCACAAGUUAAACUGAACAGAGGCUCUAAUAUUUCCACAUUUUUAUCAAGGUGUGGGUAAGGUAAACACAGAGGUGAGGUAAAAACACAGAACCACGUCUACUUUCUGCAUUGUCACAUAAGUAAACGUAGUCCACUAGAAACAGUUCAUUAGUUGCAGGUAAAUAUAAUGUUGCACUAAUAAAGUAUAUUUGAAACUUCAGAUAUCUAAGAAUUGGUUUUUCACACAAUUGCAGGUAUAUUGACAAACAUAUGCAGAAUUUCUUUUACUGCAGUAUAGUAAUAUGUACUAAACCAUUGGAAACCUCGCACCUGCUACCAAGUAUGUGAGGUCUUUCUCACUGGUGGUUUUCUGGAUUAUUUCAGGCGAUGAGACGAGGCAGAGGGUCAAGUUCGGUGACGAGCGAGUCUGCAAAAGUCAUCUUCUCAACUGCUGUCCACAUGACAUCCUGUCCGGAACUCGCAUGGACCUGGGAGAGUGCACGAAGAUCCAUGACCUCGCACUUCGGGCAGAUUAUGAAAUUGCCUCCAAGGACAGAGAUCUGUUCUUUGAGCUAGAUGCGGUGGACCACCUGGAGUCAUUCAUUGCCGACUGUGACCGGAGGACAGAACUCGCCAAGAAGCGCCUCGCUGAGACCCAAGAAGAGAUCAGUGCUGAGGUGGCAGCAAAGGCAGAGAAGGUUCAUGAGCUGAAUGAGGAAAUAGGAAAGCUCCUGGCCAAGGCUGAGCAGCUUGGAGCCGAGGGAAACGUGGACGAGGCCCAGAAGGUUCUGCAGGAGGUGGAGAAGGUCCGCACCAGGAAGAAGGAUGCAGAGGAAGAGUACAGAAACUCAAUGCCAGCCUCCAGCUUUCAGCAGCAGAAGCUUCGGGUGUGCGAGGUAUGCUCUGCCUACCUGGGUCUCCAUGACAACGACCGUCGCCUGGCAGACCAUUUUGGUGGGAAGCUUCACCUUGGCUUCAUCCAGAUCAGAGAAAAACUGGACCAACUAAAGAAAACUGUGGUUGACAAGCAGGAGCAAAGGAACCAGGAACGCUUAAAGAGACGAGAAGAGAGGGAGAAAGAGGAACAGCUGAAGAAGAGUACCAGAUCACGAAGCCGAGAGCAAAAGAGGUCCCGUUCUCGUGACCGCAGGAGGCGGCGCUCGAGCUCCUCAUCACGAGACAAGCGCCGUUCCCGCUCCAGGGAGAGGAAGAGGCGGCAUCGCAGCCGAUCCCGCUCCCGCAGCCGAGGCCACCGUCACAGCCACGAGCAGAGCUCCAGACACAAGUCUUCCAGGGACCGAGAGCGCGUGUCCAGAGACGGGUCACGGGAGCGAGACAGGAGGGACGGUAUGAACGGCCGGUCGGACUCCCGCCGAGCAGACGACAGGGACAUGGGGGACCUCUGAAGACCCGACUCCAUCCACCACCGACACAGUCUCCUCCUGUCCCUCUGGUUAAUGUAACCUAAUGUUACACACAGUCUUUGCCUUGACCCCUUUGUUCUCCUGCCUGCCUCCUUUCUUUGCUUUAAGAGUUAAUGCAGCCGGCACAGAGUGUCACUUGUCUAGCAUCCAGAUAUAUCAGAUUGCAUUCGGAUGGCGGGGUUAGCUAUCGAUCCGUAGUGGAGUGUACAUCUGUAAUUUGGUGGCUGUCUGUUCAACACGUCCCAUGUCUUGUUCUAAACUCCCCAACACCGAUUCCAACGGAUGCAGAAAACAAGAGCUAACGAACUGCUGGAUUAAAUCGUAAAAACGGAACCGAUCCAUAUUCGUCAUUCAUUAUUAGUGGCGGAUGGUCUUUUGAUGCAGAACCAGUCUGUAAAUAUAUUUUGGGCCUACUGAUUGUCUUGGUCUGAUCAGCCUCGUCCAAUCCUGAUAUCUUUUUGUUUUAAUCUCCCUCUGCUUUGAGUGCAGUUCUUGAAUGUUUCUUCACAUCUUUGUCUCCAGUAUUUGGUCUAAAUUCAAAAUGAAGGGUUUAUAAUUCGUCGUAUUAGCAAGAAAUAUAACUCAUUGUCCAAAUCAAGUUUUCUUUUGUGCUGCCAGUUGUGAAGGGAAUCUGUUCAGUUGUUUUGCCAGUUGAAGUAACUGCUUGUUUUUAGUUUGUAUUGGUGGCAGUCUCUCUUGUUUUCGAAAUUUUAGUUCUAGCUUAAUUUCCUUUUUAUUUAAAAUAUCGAGAAUAAAUGGAAACUUCCACAUUAGCGUCGGCAUGUGAAGCAUUAGGCUCAGAAAUGACACAUCUUAAAUUCAGUGCUAAAACUGUGUACACGUUGUGGCUCGAGUCAAACUGAAAACGUCGGCGUGGUUCAAAACAAAUUCCUUUUGUGUGUAGAUUUAUAUUUCAGUGCAGACAGAUUUGAAUGGAUGCAUUGCUUUACCUAAUGUGUGAAGUCAUAUCUGUUUAUGUUCUGCUGGAAAUCUUUCUUUAAGUCUCAAUUAAAAACUCUUACCAUUUUA